CUACUGCGCAUGCCUAUCACAAAUGACUGCAGAAACCGGAUGUGUGUUUCUAUGGGCACAUCCAUUUGUUUAGCUACCUCGCUGAUCUGUUAUGAAACUACUGGAAAUCAGUUGGGGUAAAGCUCUUGGCUUCUUCGCUGUUCUGCUCGCUGUCAUUGCAGCCGUUUUACAACAUCUAGAAAACUGCGAACAGACGAUAUACACCAGGAUGACCCACGACCUGAAAACACUGGCAGAGGACUUCAGACAGAAGAAUAAAAGUUGUUUUAUCUUGGGUGCCUCUGGCGAGACAGGCAAGGAGUUACUGAAAGAGAUUGUGGAGAGGAAGCUCUUCUCGAAGAUCACUCUCAUCGGAAGGAGGCAGCUCACAUUUGAAGACAAAGGGUUUGAGAACCUGGUGCAGGAGGUGGUGGACUUUGAGAAACUGGAUGACUACGCUGCAGUAUUCCAAGGGCAUGAUGUUGGCUACUGCUGCCUGGGAACGACCAAAGCCAAAGCAGGGGCUGAUGGAUUCAUCCGUGUUGACCAUGACUAUGUCCUGAAGUCAGCGGAGCUCGCCAAGGCAGGAGGCUGCUCACACUUCAACCUCGAGUCUUCUAAAGGGGCUGACAAAACCAGUGGUUUUCUCUAUCUCAAAGUGAAGGGACAAGUGGAGGCAGACAUUGAACCGUUGGGCUUCGAGAGGUUCUCCAUCUAUCGCCCUGCGGUGCUGAUGGUUGACAGGCAGGAGAGCCGGCCUACUGAGUGGUUUGCCAGGAAGGUCCUGGGCCCUAUUUCUUCCAUGUUUCCCACGGCAAUGUCCAUCCCCAUCCAAUCUGUGACCAGGGCCAUGGUGGCCAACACACUGAUCCCUGCAGGGGAGAAAGUGGAGAUCCUGGAGAAUAAAGCCAUCUAUGACUUGGGGAAGGUCCCAGAGAAAUGAGGGACAGGGAAGAGGGAAGGUGUCUCUCAAUAGCUCCAUUUCAUCAUAUCCUUUCCUCCAUAAACCACUGAUGUGGUUGUACCACCACUGGUCUGUCUGGACAUGACAUGUGAGAGCAAUGUGAAGGGAAACCCUAUCCAGUCCUUUCACCUGUCAGUGGUAGUGAGGGAAAGGUGUUGAGGAAAUUUGAGUAUUGGGAACUCAGCCAGAGUGGGUUGUGUUACUGCCAUUUUAAUGUGAUGGUGCUUUUUCUUCAUGACAAUCUAUUUUCUACUAACACUUUCCUUUGAAAACACGAAGGAGGGUCAACAACAAGUGUAAAGGUGAAUUUGUAGAGCAAUGCAGAUGCUCUCUGAGCACAUGGUCAAGCAUUUAAAGCGUCAUUGGCUUCAACUUGAGGUUCCUUGCAACCAUGAUGGAGUCAACACGGUAGCUAGCUCUCAAGUCCUCUAAAAAACAUACGUUCCCUGCUUGAACAGGUGUUGUUGAUUGUCUCGGUUUCUCUGGGAAUGAGUCCAAAGGGGAAUAUUUCCUUAUGAAAAGUGCCAUUAAACUGCUUCAUGGGUAAUGCAAAUAAGAUAUAAUUGGGAAAUGAUGAUGUAAUUAUGAAUACUGAAAUCUGUUUUCUCUGUAAAGACUUUGUAUCCCAAGUGCUUUUUUCUGAGUGCAGACUAUUUUUGUGGUCAACAAGAAGGUGUUGGCUGAAGAGGAAACCGAAUCGGUUUAAUAUUUUAGGUAAAGAGGGAAAUGUAUUUCACUGGUUCUUCUGGGUCCAUUACCUCCUCAAAACGGUUUAGUUAGUAGAAGCGCUUCCAUCCAGCCUACAACGUUCAUGCUGUUUUAUAUAAGACCACUUCCUUAAGCACUUUGAUAAAUGAAACACUUACUUGAAGCAGGAGUUUAUUUUCCACAAUACUGAUCCAUUGGAGAGGGAUUUUUAAGGCAAUAUAUCUGACUUAUUUUAUUGUCUUUGAAUACUUUUUUGUCUGAGCAAUGCUUAACAUGUAAUUGAAUCAGGGGUUAUGUUAUUCAUACUCCUAUUGACUUGGAUUUUUUAUUGUGGUAAUUAAUUUAAUAGAAUUUACAUAUCUGACUCCAUAAGAUAUAUAGUAAUGUAUGCAAGAGCACUAUAGUUGAGUAGCAGUAAUAGGCAAUGAAGAAAUGCCUGAGAAUGGAAUUAUAAAUACAAGUGUAUUUAAUUACUUUGUAAAUUGAAUGGUAACAUUAUUAAAGGCAUACGCUUAAGUUACAAAGCA